AGAAGUUAGCUUGAAUUGAAAGAUGUCUAAAGAGGAUUUCGUUAUCAAGCCAGAGAAUGUUGAACCCAGCAAGGACACUUCUAGUUGGCCAUUGUUGUUGAAGAACUAUGACAAAUUAUUGGUUAGAAGUGGUCAUUAUACCCCAAUCCCUUCGGGAUGCUCCCCUUUGAAAAGAGAUAUCAAGUCCUAUGUUUCAUCUGGUGUUAUAAACUUGGAUAAGCCAUCCAACCCUUCUUCCCAUGAAGUUGUUGCCUGGAUUAAAAGGAUCUUGAGAUCAGAGAAGACUGGUCAUUCUGGUACUUUGGAUCCUAAGGUGACCGGUUGUCUUAUUGUUUGUAUUGAUAGAGCUACUAGAUUAGUCAAGUCUCAACAAGGUGCUGGUAAAGAGUAUGUUUGUAUUGUUAGAUUACAUGACGAGUUGAAAGAUCAGAAGGACUUGGGAAGGACUUUAGAGAACUUAACUGGUGCUUUGUUUCAAAGACCUCCAUUGAUUUCAGCUGUGAAGAGACAGUUAAGAGUGAGAACUAUUUACGAUUCUAACUUAAUCGAAUUCGACAACAAGAGAGGAUUGGGUGUUUUUUGGGCUUCUUGUGAAGCUGGUACAUACAUGAGAACCUUGUGCGUUCAUUUGGGUAUGUUGUUAGGUGUUGGUGGUCACAUGCAGGAAUUGAGAAGAGUUCGUUCUGGUGCUAUGGACGAAAAUGAUAACCUUGUUACUUUACACGAUGUUUUAGACGCUCAAUAUGUUUAUGACAAUACCAGAGAUGAAUCGUACUUAAGAAAGAUAAUUCAACCUUUGGAGACUUUGUUAGUUGGUUACAAGAGAAUUGUUGUCAAGGACUCCGCGGUGAAUGCCGUUUGUUAUGGAGCUAAAUUAAUGAUCCCAGGUUUAUUGCGUUAUGAAGAAGGUAUCGAAAUUUAUGAUGAAGUGGUUUUGAUGACUACUAAGGGUGAAGCGAUUGCCAUUGGAAUUGCCCAGAUGACAUCCGUUGACUUACAAUCUUGUGACCAUGGGGUCGUUGCCAAAGUCAAGAGAUGCAUUAUGGAAAGGGACACUUACCCACGAAGAUGGGGAUUGGGUCCUAUUGCUCAGAAGAAAAAGCAAAUGAAAGCUGACGGUAAAUUAGACAAAUACGGAAGAUCCAACGAGAACACUCCUGAAACAUGGAAGAGUGAGUACAAAGACCAUGAUGAUGAACCAGCACCCCCUGUCCCAGCUUCCAAGUUAGAGGUUCCAGAAGUUCAAUUGCCAAAGAAAUCCACCGAAGUUAUCGAAGAAGACACCAACGAAAAGAAGGAGAAGAAAGACAAGAAGGAAAAGAAGGAGAAGAAAGACAAGAAAGAAAAGAAGGAAAAGAAGGAAAAGAAGCGUAAGGCUGAAGAUGAGGAAUCACCAAAGAAGAAAAAGUCUAAAAAGGAAUAAUUAAGCAUUUUAUAUUAUUAGAACUCAGUUCUAUUUUGUGUAUAAUUUAUAAAGGAAUAAAAGAUCAAGAUCUAUUACGUUGAGUUUUGUUUGAUUGUGUCUUUUCGAUUUCCAUGAUUCUGAAUUUGAUCUCUUCAAUUUCAGCAGCUGGUGCUCCUUUUUUUUCCAAAAGAUACAUUUCACCUUUUGAAAUCGCCACUCGAAGGACAUUAUCAUUGUAUGAUUUGCCAAGUCUCUUUGAAGCCUUGAAGCAAUCCUGUAGCCUUUCAUCAGCAGUGACCAAAGAGCUCUCAUUGAAACUACAUAUCAAACUGGUCAAUAUUUUCAAGAACGGUGUACAAAUCUCGUCUUGGUUUAAAUUCUUUAGGACGCCAAAUAUUUUAUGGUGGUUUUUGGUCGAAGUUGGCUCAGCGACUAAAGAAAUAACAAGAAUCAUAUCAACAACCUCUGCGUUGGCUUGUAAGAACGAACCAUGUUCAUAUUUUUCUUUUGAGUUCAUGAAAUCAUUGAGCAUAUUUUUGAGGUUUUGUAUUGUCACCAUGGUAUGGCCAUACAGAUCAUCAUCAUGGCUUAACGAAUCCCUUACUUCAAGCAAGGCAUUAAUAUUUUGAAUUAUUGAAAAUACCUUGAUAUCGA